AUGGCAGAAGGGCCGCCGGACGACUCGGCGCCGGUUCGCCUCAAAAACCUCGAGGGCAUUUAUAUGGACGGUCCGAGUAAGCAGCCAGAAGCACUCUCUUUUGAAACUUUAAUCGGUCAGUAGCUCUAGUUUUUAUCGAUUUUUAAUUAAUUGUAAAAAUGUAUCUUUUCUUCCAGAUUCCCUUAUCUGUCUGUAUGAUGAAUGCUGUAAUAGUACGUUGCGAAAGGAAAAGUGCAUUGCAGAAUUUGUAGAAUCAGGUGCGUUGAACUCGAAGAUCAUUGAAAAACCAUUGUUUCAGUAAAAACAGUGAUAGGAAAGGCGAAAAAGCUUCGCUUGUGCCGCGACGACUUUGAAGUGCUCAAAGUGAUCGGAAAGGGCGCGUUCGGCGAGGUAGCAGUCGUCCGAAUGCGUGGCGUCGGCGAAAUUUACGCGAUGAAAAUACUGAACAAGUGGGAAAUGGUGAAACGGGCGGAGACGGCGUGCUUUCGCGAAGAGCGCGACGUGCUCGUUUACGGCGAUCGUCGGUGGAUCACCAAUUUGCACUACGCAUUUCAAGACGAGAAGAAUUUGGUGCGUUUUGAGAUCAAAGUUGAAGUGUCUUUGUCGAUAAUCCUUGAAGUCUGAUUUCAAAAAAAGUCUGAAAGAAACUUCCUAGAAAUACUUCAAAAUCAUAAUAGAUUAUGCGCUUUUAAUUGAGAAUUUUCGGCGAAUUGAAACCUCAAAGUGAUAGACAAUCAACAACAGUUUCCUGCAGGGCUGUGCAAAAGGCCGGCCCAGACUUUUUGCAGCCCAGCCGAGGCCUAGACUUUUGAUCCACUUGUAAUGAUGAUCAUUACAAGAGGGUCAAAAGUCAUUAAAUGAUCUGAUCGGACCCAAAUUUUCCAGGCUUCUUAGACUACGAUUGAAGUAUGUUGGGUCCACGUUUCAGACCAAAUGGAUUUCUAGUCCCGAGAUGUGCAGACCAGAGACCGAAAAGGCCGCAAUUUUUGCAAAAACUCGGCGUCUUCCGCCCCAAAACAGUAUAUCUCGGGACCACAUAAUCGGAUCGGUCCGAUACUUGACCCAAUAUACUUUAAUUUAAGUCCAAAAAGCCUGCAAAGGUUGGGUCCGAUCAGAUUAUUGCAAAUCAAAGAGCUUUUGAAAAGCCUGGACUGAAAUUUGUCCAGUCCUGGUUUCCUGCGAAAAACUGAGAAUUCAAUCGAAUACAAAAGGUCAUGUCUCACAUUUUCCCAUUCUUUCAGUACUUUGUGAUGGACUACUACAUCGGCGGAGACAUGCUCACGCUUCUCUCCAAAUUCGUCGACCACAUCCCCGAAUCGAUGGCCAAGUUCUACAUCGCCGAGAUGGUGCUCGCCAUCGACUCCCUCCACCGCCUCGGCUACGUGCAUCGGGACGUGAAGCCGGACAACGUGCUGCUAGACAUGCAGGGCCACAUUCGGCUCGCCGACUUUGGAAGUUGUCUCCGGAUUCUUCCCGACGGAUCGGUGGCGUCGAAUGUGGCGGUGGGAACGCCCGAUUACAUAUCACCGGAGAUUUUGAGGGCGAUGGAAGACGGCCGCGGGCGGUACGGAAAAGAGUGCGAUUGGUGGUCGCUUGGCAUUUGCAUGUGAGUGUUUGUGGGCAAAAAAUGAUUCAAAAAUAAUAUUUUCUAGGUACGAAAUGCUUUACGGAACCACACCCUUCUAUUCGGAGCGGCUCGUCGACACUUACGGGAAGAUCAUGAGCCAUCAAGACAUGCUUGACUUUCCCGACGACGAAAUUGACUGGGUGGUGUCGGAGGAGGCGAAAGAUCUCAUACGACAGCUCAUCUGCUCCAGCGAUGUCCGAUUCGGGCGAAACGGGCUCGCCGACUUCAAAUCUCACCCGUUCUUCGAAGGAAUAGACUGGAACACGAUCCGAGACUCGAGCCCGCCGUACAAACCAGAAGUGUCGAGCCCCGAGGACACGUCCAACUUCGACGUGGAUGUUUGUGAGGACGAUUUUACUCCGUGUGUAAGUGUCAAGCUCGGUCAAACUUGCAUAGGAAUUUUGAAAAGUUUCAGGAAACGCAGCCUCCACGAGUCCUGGCCGCCUUCACCGGUAACCACCUCCCUUUCGUCGGCUUCUCGUACACGCACGGAAGCCUGCUCUCCGAUGCUCGAUCACUUACCGACGAGAUACGGGCGAUCGCGCAAAGGUGUCAGGGAGACGCCGAACUGAUGGAGAAGAGCGUCGACGGAUUCAUGGCGGAUCUGGAGAACGAGAAAGCCGAACUGGUGCGGAAGCUGCAAGAAGCUCAGUUUCUGAUCGCUCAACACGUGACGGAGAAUCCGCGGACGGAAGAGGACAGGAAUUACGAGGCGACGAUAGCGCAGCUGAAAGACGAAAUACAGAUUCUGAACAAACGGUUAGAGGAUGAAACGCAAGUGCAACAGCAGCAGCAGAAGCCGAAGGACGAGAUGGUGGUGGAGAGUGAGAAGAAAGUGAAGGAGCUGAAAGAGCGGAACAAGCAGUUGGUGAUGGAGAAGAGCGAAAUGCAGAGAGAACUCGACACACUCAACGAUCAUCUUGAUCAGGUGCUCGUUGAGAAGGCGACAGCGACACAGCAAAGAGAGGAUGUGCAAACGGAACUGAAGGAUGUGACGGACGCUCUGACGACAGAGAAGGAGGCGGUGAAGCGGCUAGAAGAGGAGACGGAGCGGCAGAGGAAGGUGCUGGCCGAGACGGAGGAGAAGCUGAAAACGGUGGAGGCCGAGAAGACUGUUCUUAUGAAAAGUGAGUUUUUGAAAUGUUGAUAUUUAGUAAAGUGUUUCAAAACACGAUUGAUUGAAAUCUGAAAAAUCUUGUGACACUUUCAUCAUCUUUCGUUCCGAGACCCAAAUUCCAAUGAGUCAUAGACAGGCUCCCGUCGUUUCCACCAAAACAUUUGUCAAACCAUUAUCUCUUCUAUUCAAUCACUAUCAUGUCGCUUCCAGAACAAGAAGAAGUCACGGCGGAAGCACGAAAAUCCGUGGAAGUGGACCCGCUUUCCGAGGAGAUUCAGUCCGCCAAGAAGAUCAUUGCGACGUUGCAAACGGCCAACGAGGAUAAAGAAGCGGAGGUUCGAAAGCUGAAGCAGCGGAUCGAGGAGGAACGCGCGUCGCACACGGCCCAAUCGGAGCAAGAGAUGAAGCAGUUGGAGGCGCACUACGAACGCGCGCAGAAGAUGUUGCAGGACAACGUGGAGCAGUUGAACGUCGAGAAUCAGACACUUCGUGAUGAAAUCGAAAAACUCUCCCAACAAAUGGCGGCGGUGCCACGUGGAACGCUCACGGAGCAACAGCUCUUGGAGCUCUUCAACUGGGUCAACGAGGAGAAGGCGACGAGGGAAGAGAUGGAGAAUCUGACGAGAAAGAUCACCGGAGAAGUGGAAUCUCUGAAGAACAACUCGCCGCUGACAACGUCCAAUUAUAUUCAGAACACGCCGUCAGGCUGGGGAUCGAGACGGAUGAAUAAUGUGGCGAGGAAAGACGGACUAGAUCUGCAACGGCAGCUUCAGGCCGAGAUUGACGCGAAGCUCAAGUUGAAGUCGGAGCUAAAAAACUCCCAAGAGCAGUACCUUACGGCUGCUGCUCGACUAGACGACACGGAGAAGAGGAUGGCGUCGCUGGUGAGAGAAGUGACGAUUCUUAAACAGCAGAAGAACAGCGACAUCUCCUCGGACAGCGCAUUCUCCUCGACAAUCGGCCGCGACCUGAUGAUCAACAUGAACAACGACUACGAAAUGAGCAAUUCGUCGCUGAUGCGGCAGGAGAUGCUCUCACGACAAUCGACGCCUUCCUAUGAAAACGCAAUCCUAUUGCACGAUCAUCAGGCGCCGAAAAGAGUGGACGACUUAAGGUACAAGCAGAAGCCGGUCAAGACCGCCAGCGCGAUAUUCUCGCCGGUGUCAGCGGCGGAACGGGGGCACAACUUCGAGCGGACCCGGAUAAAAACGCCUACCAAGUGCGGCCAUUGCACUUCGAUUCUGAUCGGACUGGACCGGCAAGGCCUCUUCUGUCAGAGCUGUCAUUACGCGUGUCACGUGUCGUGCGCCGAACGUGUUUCACAAUCCUGCCCAGUGCCCGAAGAAGAUCGACGGCCGCUCGGAAUCGACCCGACUCGGGGAGUCGGAACCGCCUACGAAGGCCUCGUCAAGACGCCGAGACCCGGAGGCGUGCGCAAAGGAUGGCAGACCGCCUAUGUGGUCGUCUGUGACUUCAAACUCUACCUCUACGACUGUGUGGUCGACAAGCAGAACAAGAUGCAGGAUGUGAAGAAUGAGAUCCGACUGGUGCUGGACAUGCGCGAUCCCGACUUUACCGUGUGCGGAGUUGGCGAGGCCGAUGUGAUACACGCGCAGAAGAGCGAUAUUCAGAAGAUAUUCCGAGUAACUACCACCCAAAUUUUAAACUCGUCAUCCGAAUACUCCUCCUCGUCCAAGUUCUACACCCUGUUCAUGGCCGAAACGGAGGACGAGAGGAAGAAAUGGGUGGUGGCCCUCAGCGAACUCAAGACAUUGCUCAGAAGAUCAAAGCUCGCGGAUCGGAAGGCGUUCCUCGUGAAGGAAGUGUUCGACAUCGUCACCCUCCAAUCCAUCCGAAUGGCUCAGUGCUGUGCGAUCAUCGAUCGGUCCAAAAUUGUGAUCGGGCUCGCGGAUCACGGACUCUACUGCGUCGAAAUCAACCGACAAGUUCUGAUUCCAGUUGGCGGAGAGAAGGAGAACAAGCAGCGAUGCGUGGAAUCUGUCGAAUACGAUGAGGCCGAGCAACUUUUGAUGAUCAUGGUCGGCCCGGCGAAAGACCGACACGUCCGGUUGGUGCCGAGUGCCGCAUUGGACGGAAGGGAUCUGAAGUGGAUCAAAGUGAACGACACGAAAGGAUGCCAUCUGAUGGCCGUCGGAACGAACAGCCCGGGCGGAAGAGCCGGCUUCUUCGCCGUGGCGUUCAAGAAGAGCGUCACAGUGUUUCAGAUAGAUCGGACCGAGAAAAGGCAUCGGAAAUGGAAGGUGAGCUAGGAUUUUUCAACGCUAUAAGCUGAAAUUGUGUACAAAUAUGUCAAUUUCAGGACCUCGCCAUGCCCGGAACCCCUCAAUCGAUAGCCAUUCACAACGGACGCCUCUAUGUCGGAUUCUCGCACAGUUUCCGAUCGUGGAACCUCGCCGGAGCCGACGCUUCCCCGAUCGGCGGCGGAGACAACAACGGAACCGUAUUGCAGCACAUUUGUAAGAUCUCCGGUCAUUUCUAACCCUGCUAUAUUGAUACCUUCAGCCCUGGUGAACAUGGAAGACACCUCGCUUCAAUUCCUGAAUCAACAGACGUCUUACGAGGCGAAACUGAUCGUGAACGUGCCCGGAUCUCCAGAUGAAUACCUGCUCGUCUUCAACAUGAUCGGCCUUUACGUCAACGAAAUGGGCCGUCGGUCCCGGUCUCCGGAAGUGAUGUUCCCGACGCAGGCGAAGUUCUUCUCCUACCGCGAACCCUAUCUGUGCGUGUUCUCCGAAAACGAGGUUGAUGUGUUCAACGUCAGCCUGGCCGAAUGGGUUCAGACCAUCAAUCUGAGGUAG